GACGCGCUUUACAGUUAAAUUAACUGAACUUUCAGUGACACAUAGGCUCCGUCGCCAAUUUCUUUAAUAUAUAUAUAUAUACAUACACAGACAGAAAGAGCGAUAGAGCUUUGUGCUUGCUUGUUGCUUCCAUCUCUUUCGGGGCUCAACUAGCUGGCACUCGGUAUAGAUGGCAUUGGUCACAACUGCCGAAGUUUGUGACGCGAAUCCGCAACUUAUUGUGAGCGGUGAGCUCCGUGCACUCCAGCCAAUUUUCCAGAUUUAUGGUCGCCGCCAAGUUUUUUCUGGACCGGUAGUUACCCUUAAGGUGUUUGAAGACAAUGUUCUAAUCCGCGAGUUCCUCGAGGAGAAGGGCAAUGGCAGAGUUCUUGUUGUAGAUGGAGGUGGCAGUCUGCGGUGCGCAAUACUGGGAGGCAAUCCUGUGGUUCAAGCUCAGAAUAACGGUUGGGCAGGUAUUCUGGUUAAUGGAUGUAUUAGGGAUGUUGAUGAGAUCAAUGGCUGUGAUAUUGGGGUUAGGGCUCUGGCUUCUCAUCCAAUGAAAGCUAAUAAGAAGGGGAUCGGAGAGAAACAUGUUCCUAUAACUAUCGGUGGGACGAGAAUCUCUGACGGGGAAUUUCUUUAUGCGGACACUGAUGGAAUCCUCAUUUCUCGAAAUGAAUUAUCUGUCUGAACUGAUGAAGAUACUAUUUUCAAAAAGCCAUUUGUGGCAACUUCUGUUGUAAUCCGUUUUUGUUAGCCUAUGUUUCUAAAGCUUACCUUUGAAUCGUAGACAACUAUGUAAUAUGUACUGAACACGAAGGAUGAAGUAUGCUGUUCUGCUUGUCAUUUCUAGAUUGGAACUGGGAGCUCUUUUGGUAUCAUGAUGGUGCUUAGAAAUGUACUAUUGAUUAUAAGAAAGGUUUUUGGCCUGCAA